UAACCUAACAUUUGCUAGCUAGCUGGGUGACCAUUUCUAAUUUUGUGGUUAGUUUACUAAUAAUUUACGAACGUUAGUUUACUAAUGUUAGUCCUACUUGAUGAGGGUAAUUUUGAAUAUCUGAAAUUCAUAAAUCCUUUUUUAAGUAUACCUUUCACUUUACUCAGAUGGGUGGGAACAGAGAGGGCUACAAAGAGAAAUGGGGUCCUUUACUUUGCUCAAGGGUAUAAUGGCAGUGGACCAUUUUGCAUUUAACCUGCAAUCUCACCGUUCCAAUUCAGUUCCACAAUCGUUAGUUUACUCUGCUAGUUUACUUGUCUGCUGAAAUUACUUGUUCAUUAACUCAAGGAAGAUGGACUCAAAUUCUGGUAAUUAACCUGGUUAGCUUUCUCAAAAAACAAAAAUAUUGCAUUGACAGAGUUACUGUAAUUAAUGAGCUCCCCAGAUUCAUUACCAUGGCACACGUACAGAAAACCCCAGAGCAAGAUGUAUAUAAGGAGUCAGUGUUCCUGUACUGUAAAUAUGCAACUUGAGCGACCAAAGUGAAGAAAGCCUAUUACCUCAUUUUCUGCUAAAGUGACAGUGGGCAAAGAAAAAACAAAAGUAAGGCAACAAAGAGAAGAACUCAGAGUUAGAACCAUCUGCAAUGAACUCCCUGAAUUCCAACCUCUCUCUAAAUACUACUUUUGUGCGUCCCCCUUAUUUUUUCAUCACUGGUUUGAAUAACAUGACCCAUGCCAAAUACUACUAUGUUUUCCUGAGCUGUGUUUUUGUAGUAUCUGUGUUGGGGAACUCCUUUGUCAUUUUUAUUAUAUACACAGAGCGCAGUUUUCACACCCCAAAGUAUUUGGCCGUUUUUAAUUUGGCUGUAGCUGACUUGGGUGAAACUGCUGCUCUUAUCCCAAAUUUUAUUGCAAUGUUUCUUUUUGAUUCACAAUACAUCUCCUUUGACGCUUGCUUGGCCAACAUGUUUUUUGUGUUUUUCUUUGCCAGUUUGCAAGCACUCACUCUAACUGUUUUGGCCUAUGAUAGAUUGGUAGCAAUAUGCUUGCCACUGAGAUACCAUGCCAUUAUCACAAUGCGAGCAAUGGUUGUGAUAUUAACAGUGAUGUGGGCAUAUGAUUCAGUUUUACUGAUUUUAAUGGUGUCUUUGGUUACCAGGUUGUCCUUUUGCAAAUCCAUUGUAGUAAAAAGCUACUUCUGUGACCAUGCACCGAUAUUCUUUCUGGCAUGCAAUGACUAUCUUGUCAAUGCUAUCAUGGCAAUUGCUAAUAUAGCAUUAUUACUUUAUGUACCCUUUAUUUUGACUGUACUGUCAUAUGCGUUUAUUUCUGUUGCACUUUUUAAAAUAGCUUCAUGGGAAGGGCGACUUAAAGCAAUUAAGACUUGUUCUGCACACCUAAUGCUGGUGGCUUUAUAUUAUCUUCCAAUACUUGGCACCUACAUUGCUGCAAUUGCUUUUACUGUUCCUCCCAAUGCCAGGAUCAUGAGUACAUCAUUUGCAAAUGCCAUUACCCCCAUGUUGAACCCAAUAAUUUAUGUGCUGAACACUGAAGAGGUAAAGGAAGUCUCAAAAAAAAAAUUUCUUAGAAGAAAACUGCAGAAAUAAGCAAUCAAAAUACAGGAAAAGAAUGAAUUGAUAUUAGAGGAACACUGCUUUUUACUGUAUUACAACCUCUGCAGUCUGUGAAAACAGGUCGAGGCAGAAGUUAAGAAUUCCUUAAGAAAUUCUCAAAAAAACUUUAAAAAAGUAAAUAAAUAUCAAUUCUAGAUCUUGGUUAAUAUUUUUUGUAGAACGUUACAUUUCUAUUUUAUUAAAUUCAUUCCUUUUAAUAAGCUUAAUGUUUAAAAUGUGAUGAACUACAAAUGUUGCUUAUGGCAAUAUUGAUUCACUUUAAAAUUUUUGCAUUCUGUUGUUGUGUUGUUUGUGAAUAAUGCACUUUGUUACACACAGUGUUAGGGAGUAGUUUAACGUGUGGUUAAUCUAGCAGUUUAACUAUAUUCUGCAGAUAGUGCAACUGCAUUCAAAUUUGUGUAGUGGCUGUAACAGUUCAUUACUUUUUUUAGCGGUGUACUUAGCAACUACUUUUGGCCCUACAAUUUUUUUUUUCCGAAAUCCAUUUUUUUCCGAAAUAUGGCAAAUAUCGCCUGAGGAACACUCCGCUCCACCCCAAUUCUGGCUUCUCUGCACUGGUUGCCUGUUGCUUUUAGAAUCAAUUUUAAAGUUCUAUCAAUUACUUACAGGGACUUACAUGGUUCGGUGGCCAAUUAUAUCUGUGAACGUUUAACUCCUUAUUGUGCUCAAAGGCCUCAAAGAUCUGCCAGCCUUGGGCUUUUGGCUUUCCCAGAGUCUAAAUUAAAAUCAAGUGGUAAUCGCCCAAUUAGGCGGUGUUCUAUUUAAGGCAUCAUAACUUUACUUUUACAAGUGUCUGAGCAUCACAGAGACUUGUAAAAUGGCUUAAAUGAAGCAAGACAAUUGUACCAAUUACAAUAAUUGAAUUAGAUUAUACAUGUAAUUUAGGUAGAAGGAACGUGCUACUGUACAAAUGCAAUUGGCAAGAAUGCAAAAAGGAAGCUGUACUCCUUCAGUUUGAAAUCAAAUACUGAGGGAUCAUGUAUGUAUAACAGGUAGAACUGUGCAUGUCCUGCAUCAUAAACUCCCUCACUAUAAAUACGCAAAAUCUGAGGGUGAUAUGCAGAACUACUAAAGAUCUAUGAAGCAAACAGUGAGACCUGUGGGCCUUCAGUAUCUCCAAAUCGAUUGUGUACUGCUGUACAUCAUAACAUAAUCAUAUAUUUAACUACAAAAAAAAAAACCUUUCUGAGUCAAGUAAAUCAUUUAAAAAUGUUAAUGUUUAUGAUCACUCCAAGGGAAAUCUUACAUUAACCCAGCACAUAUCAGUACACAGUAAAUAAGAAUGAGCAUUUCCCAUAC